UAUUGUCAUUGUCGCGAGGUCCGCAUGCAGUGUGGUCAGCCCCACUUGUUCUUAUUCCGUUUUAACUCAUAUAAAAAGCCACGGUCAACGGAAUUGUCAUCAAUCAUUGAUUGACUUUGAUCUAAACAACAACAAAAUGUUCAGCAAACUGGUAGCUAUCGGAGCGAUGGUGGCGGCAGCCCAUGGCCACGGACACGCUGUGUCUUCCCAAAGCAUCGUACGCCACGAUGGUGGUCAUUACGCCGCCCCAUAUGCCGCUCCAUACGCCGCCCCAUACGCCGUGCCAUAUGCUGCUCCCUACGUAGCCGGUUACGCCGCACCAUACGAAGGUGGCUACGCCGCGCCCUAUGAGGGUGCCUACGCUGCCCCAUACGCUGCACCUCUUCCCUACGCCGCCGAUGGUCUGGCUUACGCUGGACAUUACGACGCUGGCCACGACGAUGGCCACGAUGACGGCCACGAUGAUGGUCACGAUGAACAUGCUCACCCCAAAUACGACUUUGAGUACUCUGUAUCUGACCCCCACACCGGUGACCACAAGUCCCAGCACGAGAGCCGCGACGGUGAUGUCGUGCACGGAUACUACUCCCUGGUGCAGCCUGAUGGUUCCGUGCGCAAGGUUGAGUACACCGCUGAUGAUCACAACGGAUUCAACGCCGUUGUGCACACGUCGGCUCCUUCCAUCCAUCCCGCGCCCGAGUACCACCACUACUAAUGAUCAAAGUGCCUUAAACGACCAAAUAUCUAAACGACCUGCUGAAACCAAAUACGAAUGUAAAUUAAUUUAUUAAAACAUUUUAUAUACCGA